GCGCGUCCCCGAUCAACCUCCAGCAGUUCCACGAUCAGUACGAUCUGCGAAAUUCUCCGCGUUUACAGCCGUUUUCCUUCGCUUAAACACGGUCAGUCCGCGCACACGGGAGCCGAACCUGAUGGCUUCGACGACUUCUGAUGCUUCCGAGCGAGAGUCGCCGAACCCGACUGAGCAGAACGGCGACGGGAGCGAAUCGGGCCUGCGCGCCGCCGAUCAGGAACCGGUCGUUAAGAUGGACGUGAACGGCGAGACGGACGAGAAGUCCAACGGAGAAGAAUCGAGGGAACAAAGCCCGGAGGAAGCCACGAGGGAAGAUGGAGGGGACGAUGAAAGAGAAACCGAAGCGGAAACGGAGAAAGAGCAACAGAAGAGCCCCGGUAGCGUGGACGGGAUGGCGGAGCAGCUGAAGAGAGAACAAAGGGAGGAGGAGAAUGCGUCCUCGCCGGCGGAGAAAAGCAGCAGCGGUGUUGAAGGUGGAAUGAAGAGACGUGCGAGUUUAGAGAUGAGUUUAUCCUCUGAUGGAGAGCCGCUCAGCCGCAUGGACUCUGAGGACAGUAUCAGCAGUACUCUGAUUGAUAUGGAGAGCAUUGCGUCCAGUGGCCGUUCUACUCCAGCCAUGAUGAACGGGCACGGCGGGGCAUCUUCGUCCUCUACUAAGGGCUCAUCUUACCCCUGCAGCUGGGAUCAGUGCCACAUGCUCUUCAACACCAGUCCAGACCUGGCUGAACACAUCCGUGGAGUGCACGUGGAUGGCCAGCGUGGAGGGGUGUUUGUGUGUCUUUGGAAAGGCUGUAAGGUUUACAACACCCCGUCCACCAGUCAGAGCUGGCUACAGAGACACAUGCUGUCCCACAGCGGAGACAAACCAUUCAAGUGUGUGGUGGGCGGUUGCAACGCCACCUUCGCCUCCCAGGGGGGGCUUGCGCGCCAUGUGCCGACCCACUUCAGCUCGCAGAAUUCCUCCAAACUCUCCAGCCAAAGCAAGAUGAAGGAAGACUCUCCAUCCAAAGCGGGAAUCAACAAACGGAGGAAACUUAAGUGCAAGCGACGAAGGUCGUUGCGUACGUAUCAAUGGAAUCAGAAUGCACGGCCUCAUGAUUUUUUCGACGCUCAGACAAUGGAUGCAAUCCGCCAUCGUGCGAUCUGCCUCAAUCUAGCAACCCAUAUUGAGAGUCAGGGCAAAGGUCACAGCGUGGUCUUUCACAGUACGGUGAUCGCCAGGCGGAAGGAGGAUUCUGGGAAGGUGAAGGUGCUGCUUCACUGGAUGCCAGAGGACAUACUUCCAGAUGCUUGGGUCAGCGAGAGCGACCGUCCUCAGAUGAAGACCAAAGUGGUCCAUCUUUCCCAGCUUCCUCAGGACACAGCGGUACUGUUGGACCCCAACAUCUACAGGAUGUUUUUCUAGAAGACGGGGUGGGGAGGGCGGCUUCUGUCAGCACCUGCUGACGUACCCAAACCGAAGUGGACGCGCAGAUCUUUUGAGACGGGAGAAAGACUUCUUUUCCCUUCGCUUUUUUCUCCUCUUUUUUUUUUCUUCUUUUUAAUGCUCAAAGUCUGCCAAAGCAAGCAGUGAAUUUUUAAUGUGUUUUUAUCCCUUGAAGAAGAAAAAAUAAGGCACAACAUUGUGAACUCUGGUGGUGCUGGACUUUAACUGUCUAGGAAGACUUGUCUACAACGGUUGAAAUCUAAUUUCCCUCCCUGCGUCUUCAACGCUGCUGACAUGCUCUUAGAAGUCCUGAUGAAAGUGCCCAUGUAAAUAUUCCAGGAGAUUUGUAAUAUAUUUUUGUACUGCAAAAUUUUACUGUGCUGUAGAUAGAUGUAAUAUUCCACAAGCUGACAAAAAAAAAAAAAAAAAAAAAAACGUAAUUGUACAGAAUGUGAUAGCUGAAUAGGUUUGGAUGAUGUAAAUGCUUCUAUAGACGUUUCUUGGUUUCUUUUUUAUUUAGUAUGACAGAAAAAAUUUAGAUAUUUUUUUUUCCUCCGUACACACACACACACUCUUAUAACAGCUGCUCCGCCCCCUGAUGAUGAGGAUCCAACAUUAUCGUCCCACCGUGUGCGCCGUUUGUGCGUGAUCUCUGUUUAAGCUAUACACAAGCCAAGGAAUAAAUAGACAUCUCAUUGUGAUGGUGCUAAAGCUAACACUAGCAUUUAGGCUAAUGCACAUAGGAAAAAUAUUAGAUCAGUACUGAUGGUGCUUCUUAGAACAUGUAAUAAAACUGUUCCCCAUAGAUCAUACUUCUGUCUUUGUAGUAAAGAUACAAAUUCUGAAUAA